AUGGAGGAGAACGGCGGCGCUGGCACGACGAAGUGGAGUAUCUCCAGACCGUCAGCGGGAACGCCGCUGGAGGUCGCGGGGACCAUGAGUAUCCGCGCAGUGCUCGACCGUGUCUUCUCCUCGGUAGACGGCUCGGGCCCGCGGCCAGUGCUGACGCUCGGCAGCGGUGACCCCACAGCCUCGCCCUGCUUCAGGCCUCCGCCCGAGGCCGAGGACGCCAUAGUGGAGGCGCUCAGAUCUGGGAAGCACAACGGUUACUCACCGACAGUCGGCGUCCUCCCGGCGCGCCGUGCUAUUGCAGAGUACCUAUCUCGGGAUCUUUCCUAUCAGCUUUCACCAGACAAUAUUUACCUCACUGCUGGAUGCUGCCAAGCUAUUGAGGUCAUCAUCUCUGUCCUUGCUCAGCCUGGCUCCAAUGUCUUGCUUCCCAAACCUGGGUUUCCAUUGUACGAGUCACGGACCAUGUUCAGUAAUCUUGAGGCCCGACAUUUUAACCUUAUUCCUGAUCGUGGCUGGGAGGCUGACCUUGAGUCUCUGGAAGCUCUUGCUGAUGAGAAUACUGUUGCGAUGGUCAUUAUAAAUCCUAGUAACCCUUGUGGGAGUGUAUACUCAUAUGAUCAUUUGGCCAAAAUUAUGGAGACUGCAAGGAAACUUGGAAUAAUAAUCAUAGCUGACGAGGUUGACAAAUUGAUUGAAAACUAUAUCAAUAUCACAAAUGAUCCUGCAACAUUUAUCCAGGGCGCAGUCCCUCAAAUAAUAGCCAACACAAAGGAAGAUUACUUCAACAAAAUACUUAAUCUUUUGAGGAACUCUGCAGAUUUAUGUUAUAAUAAAAUAAAGGAGACUAGGGGCAUCACAUGCCCUCACAAGCCAGAGGGAUCAAUGUUUGUUAUGGUAAAAUUGGAUCUCUCUUGGUUGGAUGGCAUCCAGGACGAUUUGGACUUCUGCUGCAGGUUGGCAAAAGAGGACUCUGUAAUAGUGUUACCAGGAAGUGCACUAGGAAUGAAGGACUGGAUUCGUAUCAAUUUCGCUACGGAUGUACCUACUCUUGAGAAUGCCCUUGAACGGAUCAAGUCCUUCUGCCAGAGGCAUGCUAAACUACAAGCAUAA